AUGCUUAUCUUUCGUAGUCAAUCUGCACAUUACGGAGUUAUUGCGCACAAAAUAAAUUUUUGUCGUUUCUUAGCUUGGAUAGACGAAGCGCACGGCGGACUUUUAUCAACAGCUUUCAACACAAAGGCUCGACUGUGUUUAUUUUUUAUCACGGUCUGCGCUACAAUAACCAGCGGACAUAAAGCACCGACCACCGCUUAUAAGUCCAAGAAUACCGGCUUAAUGAAUAACCAGUUCAGACACUACUAA